AUGGGGAGGAGCAACCGGGCACCCGAGGAGUCUUCUUCCGACUCGGAGCAGGAGUGGCGCCUUUCGGGUCGCCGCCACCUGGCGGAGCAGCACGCGGCGACUGUUACGAGGACGCACGAGGAUUUCGAGGGGUCCACGGUCGCCUUUACGGCAACCUCGAUGGUGGGUCUUACGCCGGGCCAGAACCUGCUGUUGGUGCCAGCCGCGGAAGUGAAGAAGAAGACGGCAGAGCAGGCAAAGGCAGCUGCGAAAGCAGCGGCGGAGAAAUUCGUGAAGGAGCGCCAGGAGAGCGCCCAGUGGGCCAAGGAAGCAGAGGAAGCAAAGAAGAAGAGAGCAGCCAAAGCCGCAGAGGCCAAGAAGAAGGCAGCCGAGGCGGAGAAGUUGAUCAACGAGGCCACGGAGGCAAAGAAGAGAGCAGCCGAGGCAGUGGAGUUGGUCAGCGAUUCCCCGGAGGGGAAGAAGAAAGCAGCCGAGGCAGAGAAGUUGGUCGACGAGGCCACGGAGGCAAAGAAGAAAGCAGCCGAGGCGGAGAAGUUGGCCAGCAGAGCCGCGGAGGCAAAGAAGAAGGCAGCCACAGAGGCCGCGGAGGCAGAGAAGAAGGCAGCCACAGAGGCCAAGAAGAGGGUCGCCGAAGCGGCCGAGGUCACAGAGGUCAAGAAGCCCAAGGGCAGUGUGGCCAGAGCAAAGGCGGAGCCGUCUUCCUUGAAGAGCCGGGCCCAGCGCGGGAUUCCCGGGCAGACCGACACUGCGCUGAGAAUGCUUUCGCAGCGGGCCAAGGAGAAGAAGAAGCAGGGCUACCUCAUGAAGGCCAUCAACAACGCUAUGAAGAAAAAGGCCGAGGAGCAGAAGGGCGCGCCGGUCAGAAGAACCUGGGAGAAGCAUGUCAAGGACCACUAUGCUCAGAUCAGGGGGCUGGAGAUCCCGUUCGUGGAGGUGACGAUUUCCGAAAUCGUCAAGGAGCCUCGUGGACCGCCGGGACCGUCGACGGUGCCGCAGCCGAAGACCCCUCCAGCGCGAGCUGCAAGGGCCCCGGAGAGGGAGGAGACUUCCCACGCCGCCGAGGGGCCCGAGGUCAGCCGGACGAGGGCCCUCUGCGCCCUCAGAGUGGUCACCUGUGUCCAGUCUGCCGCCAUGGAGCCCCCAGCAGAGAGGAGAGCCGAGGAGCUGCACAUCGGGGACGACGGCAAGAUCUACAACUCGCGGGGCGAGGUGGUGGAGCUCGAGAGCAUCGAGAUAGACGCCCACCAUCCAGGAAUAUCCGAUGGUCCUUCUUCCUUGGGACUCUCGCUUCUGAUGCAAGAAAAGGUUGCGUUUGCAUGUGAGCAUGAUGUUGCAGUUGAGCUUGGUGAGCAUGCAUGUGUUGGUGGUUUGGGUGAGCAUGAUUUGCAGCAUGGUGAGUUGCUUGAGCAUGUUGGCCAGGACCGACCACAGCGUGACCGGAGCGAGGCCCAUGAUAGCCAGAGUGAAGCAUGGUUGCUUAGAGGGGAUCGGGAACUGUUGUUGCAGGAGAGCUGGGGUAAGCUAGAGCGAGAACAUGUUCUUAGAUCGCAUGUGCCGUACAAUGCGUCUUGCCCGCAAUGCGUGCAAGGUCGUGGGCUUGAACCCGCCAGAAGCCAGGAUCGGCCCCAGGACUCAGGGAUGAGAGAGGUGCAAAUAGAUAAGUUUUUCUAUAAGGGCCUCGCGUUCCUGGUAUUGGUUUUGGUUGGUGCCUUUGCCCUCGGUGUGGUUCCGUACCGUGAGGUGAGCGGAUCCCGAGGCCCAGCAGCCAAGGAAGCCAUGUUGAAUGACAUGUCGGCAUGGAGUCGUAGCGUUGGCUUGGUUGGUGUUGCUCCCAGUGAGCUGACGGUGAGUGUGAAGUCGGACAUUGAGGGUGUUGUGAAGAACCUUGCGCAGAGUUUUGCUGAUGGUUUGACCGCCGGUGCCAUCGAAGUUGUGGAUGCCCCUGUUGGUCGGCAUGCUGUUGUUGCAGAGCGUGCUGUGAGGACCAUCAAGGAAGGUGCAAACACACUGUGUGCUGGGUUGGAACAGGUCGGCUUGGAGCCCUGCAGGAAGGGUGUCACGUAUCUUUUGAUGCACGUUGCCCAGGUCUACAACCGGUACCAGGUGCAUCCUGGAUCGGCGCUGUCCCCAGAACAGCGGUGUUUGAAGACCACCCGUGGACCGCAUGCCGCAUAUGUUUGGGGUGCUGCUGUGCUUGCCACUCCUCCUCCCUCUUUGCGUGACAAGAUCACCGGCCGUUACGGCCACGCCGCCUACCUUGGACCAGAGGUCGGAAGUGGAAGCCACAUUGUGCAGUUUAGGCUGCGGGAUGGCGCCUUGAAGAUUGCGAGAAGCGCAAGAAUCCGGAUGCUGGUUCCUCUCACUUUUGAGGUGUCGAGCUUGAAAGGUGUUUGUCGCAUGUUGCCUGGAAGAAGGGAUGAUGCCCAGAAGAAGCUCCCCGAGAGCAGUGGUGACAAUGUGCGCGACCUCCCGUUGCCGAACACCGCAACCCGAGGACCACCACCAGCGUGGAUUGAAGAAAACGGAAGAACCCCAAGGUGCCGAGCUUGCCGGCUGCGCGGUUUCCCCGCGGAUAAGGCCUGGCACACCCAGAAGUGCCGUGAUCGAUACGCCGAGUUUGUGCGGAACUCUUUCGAUCCCAGCCGGGCAAUCCUCGAUCAAGCCCCAAUUGAAGAAGAAGUGACUGGGCGUGAUGAUUUGGGUGCUGGAUUUGAUGUUGAUCUUGGGCUUGAUGUGCCGGAUGAUCUUGAUCCGUUCCCGAAUUUUCCAUUGGACGAGGAUUUGGCUGAGUAUGAGCCCAGUCUGCCCGGAGUUGAGAAUGAGAUUGAGCUUGGAGAAGAACUCGAGCAGAUCGAGGCCCCGAGCCCGGGCGAGCUUGAUUUCAUGCAAGUGGAUCCUGAACCUCUUGAGGCACUCCCUGAAGAAGAGCGGGAGGCCAUGGUGUCUAGUGUGAUGUACCGAGAGUCCAUCUCCUUUGCUGGUGCGUCGGUUUGCUUUGCCGGGGCCGCCACCAAGGCUGACCUUUGGCCCUUGACCCGCAUAGGCCUAGCGAUCUGGAGCUUCCUGCGUAUCAUGCUUCAGCCAUACCCGUACCUGGCACCUUCUGAUGCCCAGCUUUCUGCCUGCGACUGGACAUCACGGCCAAAGCAGUUGCCCUGGCUUCCCGGAGUGCCCAAGGCAGCCGAUGCCCUACACUGGUGUGCUGCAGCCGAUGUCCACCCGGAUGAUGCAGAUCCGGACGAACUGCCAUCGGAGAUCCAGGAGAACUACGGUGUCCAGCCGAUGCCGCGACCCUGGAUGCAACCGUCGCUGCACGCGAAAACCGGGGCCACAAUUCCGCUGAUCGGGGUUCCGGAGGUGGCCGAAUUGUCCCUUCUGUAUUCAGAAGCCACAAUUCCGCCGACCGGGGAUUUGCGUGAUGAGGGUCUCCUCGCUGAUCCGAGCGAGUGGGAGCCCACAGCCACAGCCACUAACCUGGCUGAGUACUGGAUUGGACCCGCCUCAAGCCCCGGAAAGGAGAUGCCGAUUUGUGACGUGGAACUCCAGCGGCCUUACAGGGCUAAUCUGGAAACCUACUGGCGAGAAGAUCGCCAAUGGAGCGACGCUGGGUGGACAUACAUCCACCAUGGGAGCGGCCAGAACAAGGAGGCUGCAACAUAUUCGCAUCUUCCCCUCGAAGGGGCACCAGGGAUACCCCAGAGAAAUGUGCUGUGCGUGCUGGGCGAUCUCAACACACAGCUUCUGCCGAAAGGAGGUGUGGUCGGAACGGGCGUCCCACCGAGCCCGGGCCCUCAUCUUGAUGUGCCCGAGCUCACCAACACCUUGGAGACCUUUGGCCUGCUGGCUCUGAACACGUUCGGGCCAAGCCCAGGCAGCACAUUCAUCAAUGAGAGCAACGGCACCCAAUCCCAAAUCGACUACAUCAUUGCCCGCUCGGCCCACAGUGACAAAACCAGCCGUCAAGCUGCCACCAUUGCAGACUGGCCGGUCGGUGCGGCCCGACUUGGUAUGAAACACCUGCCCUUGCAAGGCUCUCUGCCUCUGAACUGGUGUCGUGGCUGCGUUGCUCUACAGGCCACCUUCGAGGCCCACCUCAGUGCCAUCCUGCCCCCUAACGCUUCAAUCCAGGACAUAGAUCGUAUCCUCCAGGAUGUGUGGCUACAGCUUUGUCCGGCAACAGCCGGCAACAAGCAAAGCCGAGACAAGAAUGAGCAGGCAGGCGCACCACAGCUUCAUACGGCACCUCGCAUAUGGGAACUCAGGGCAGAGAAGCGGCGACUGGCCGAGGACACCAGCCUGCAUGGUCAACUCGCCCACUGGCGAACCUCAGUUCGGCUGAGUGAGCUCGAACGUGCCGCAGGUGCAGCCCGCAGGCACCGUAAGCGACAGUUCCUUCUGGACCAAGUGGAGCAGGCCGAAACUGCUGCCGGCAAGGGACACCUUUCUAAGGUUUAUGCGGUGGUAAGGCGCCUUGCACCCAAGAAGGUCAACUUGAAGCUUCAUGUUCGCACUCCGGAGGGACACAUGCAGGGACCCCAAGCACAACGUGAAACAUUGUUGGCCCAUUUUCGUGAUCUCUAUCGGGCUCCUGAGGCACAGCCCCACCGUGUCCUACCAUGCCAGGAGCCCCUGUUCACACCCGCUGGUUGCACAACAGCCCUGGCCCGGCUCCCAGCACAGAAAGCCGCACACCCGAAAGCCGCCCCAGGGGUACUGUGGAAGCUUGGUGCCACGACUUUGGGCCCCAUGCUCAGCCGCAUCCUCAACGAUUCCUAUGCCGAGGUGCCCUGGAGACUCCCGAUUGAGCUCAGACAAGUUGCCCUCUGCUUAAUUCCCAAGCCAGGGCGCCGUGCACAACAACCGGCCGACGCACGGCCGAUCAGCCUCAUUCACCCGGCCAACAAAGCGCACGCCUCGAUGCUGAAUGAGCUCCUUGCGCCAUUCCUACUCCCGUACCUCGCCUCGUCGCCACAAUUCGCGUACUGUCAUGGGCGCUCAACUGCCGAAGCUCUUCACCGCGUCUACUCGCAUUUCUUUGCUGUUCGCGCAAAGGCCCCAGUGCGAGCACGCAUGGUCCAGCGCCGCCAGGACCGCACUGUCCAGCACCCGUGCACUGGUGGGAUAAGCUUCUCACUGGACGUGGCUCAGGCCUUCGACUCCAUACCUCGUUGGGUGAUUGUUGCCGCAUUGAGGGCAGCCGGAGCCCCAGAGGAUAUGAUCACCCAGAUUGUCACCCUUCAUGCGCAGAUUGUGCUUGAAAUCGAUCACGGGGGAGAUGUUGCAACUUGCCACACAGCCCGGGGUGUGAGACAGGGAUGUCCCCUUUCCCCGUCACUCUGGGCUGCUGCGACCACCUUUGUCUAUCAUCGUCUCCUGGAAGCUCUAGGCCCCGACGCGUCGCAAGUCAUCACAAUGUUCGCCGACGACGUGAUUGGCCAGUGGCGCAUCACAUCCCCGGAGGCCCUCCAAGAUGGACUCGAGCAGAUUCGAAGGAUGGUCAGGGUACUCCAACAUCAUGGGUUUCGGGUCAGCCCGACCAAGAGUGUGAUCUUGCUGCAGGUCGACGGCCCCAAAGCCUCGCAAAUUCUCGGAAAACUUCGUUUUCGGGAGCAGGGGCAGCCCAGGCUACGAUUGGCCACAGACCUGUCUUUUCCCAUCGUUCGCAGACACACCUACUUAGGCAUGAUCAUUGGAUAUGGGGCGUUCGAGCACCAUUCGGUAGCCUAUCGAUGCAAGCGUGCCACCCAGGUCUUCGCACGGCUGCGACAGGUGCUCUGUGGGCGCCACAGCCUCAGCAUGCACAAUCGCAUCCGGCUGUGGCGAGCGAUCGUGUGGCCUUCAUUGCGAUACGGCCUCUCCACCCUGCCGCUGGAGCCCAAGUCACUGCAGAGAGUGCAAGGAGUUGCCGCCAGACAGCUCCGAAUCAUAACGCACAGCCUGGGACACGAAACUCACAAAACUAACCUGGAGCUGUUCGCUGAGCUCCGGUUCCACCCUGAGUCACUUCUGCGUGCAGAGGCCCAAGCUAACAAAGAUCGAUUCGAAGCUCUGCCUGAGGCCCUGCAGCUAGAACGUACACGCCAAUGGCAUCACCUUCUCCUAGCCACCUUGGCGAGAUCCCCAGACGAGCCUGUUCAUUCACAGCCCCAGCCGCCACCAGCGAACGAAACUCCGGCUGACACAGAGCAGGCCACGCAGGCACCCCCGGUGCCGGUGAACCGCACACACUUCUCAGGACAAAGUCGGAAGCUCAGCCCAGCAAGAGUGCCAGUCAAGCUCGUUGAGGUAGGCGAAGUGACCCGCCCCUUUGCGUGUCCAGAUUGUCCCUGCACCUUUGCCACAGCAGCCACUUUGCAAACUCACAGAGCCCAGAAGCAUGGAGCCAUCAAGCGUGGCACCGUCAGGCGAGCCACCCAGCAGCAGAACCAGGCUACCCCCGACUUCUGCGCCAGAUUGGUCGAUGAACCGGCCAUUGCUACCUUAGUGCACUUUAAAGCCAAGCACAAGACCUUGCACAGCCGGCUCGAGCAAACAGAGGCAACAGCCAAAGGCAUAGCGGUUCAGCUGAAGAUGACCGCAACCGAGAUGGAGCAGGAGGACAGUCAGGAGUGGGAGCUGUACUCCAGGUUCAUGGCAAACCAGCCGGCACCCAAGCAGAGCCGCCCGUUGCCGUCGGCUUCGGAGAACGACCCGACACCGGCCAAACAGCUGAAGACCCAGACACAGCCAAAGGGCAAGGGAAAGGGAAAGGGAAAGGGGAAAGGAAACGGAAAGGACAAGGGUCGCGGCAAGAAGCAGCUCACCAAGGACGAACAGCAGGAGCUGAUGGACCUUCGUCAGCUGUGCGAACAGCUGAUCAGACUGGCAAUCCGCCACGAGGACAGCAUCAAGGCACUCCAGCUCGACACAUCGUUCGUGCUUUGGCUGCGGGUGGGAUUGCCGGGCGGCCUCCCCGAGAGCCUCCAUCAAGCUGCCGAGACAUGGAGAACGGAUCGAGAUCAGGGCCUGGCCCGCACCUCCCUGCGGCAUCAUCUGUGGCUCCACCUUUGGAAGGAGUUUCAACGUCGCCUCACCCCGGCGCUCCUCACAGCCGAGAUUCAGUCCUUGAUGACGAAGCUGGGUUAUUUGAAGGACGGACACUGGGCAUUCCUCCGCUGGGAGGCCAACGAGGAGACAGGAGGACGGCUGAUCCCGGACAUGGAGAAGAAGCCGCUGAACAUGCAGGAGGUCAGGGAGUCAGUAGAUCACAUCGUGCGUUUGAGCCAGGACGCGGAGCUGAUCACGCCUGCUAAGGUGGGAGCCAACAUGAACGCUUUGAGUGGAGUAUGGCAAGCACGCACCACUGAAGGAGAGGUGCGAUACCUGGGAGACACCUCUCCCCUGCCUUUGUCGGUGCCCCUGACUGCUGGCGCUACGGUGCAAGAACUUGUGAACUCAUGGACUGCCCAAGCCCAGGUCCAUGCGCUGUGGCAUCCUCCUGAGUGCAUAGCUUUGCAGCUUUCGCGAUACGGCCCGCAUGGUAAACUUCACACCCUCUUAAGGCUUGACGAUGAAGUGGUGCAAAUUCCUAGCUUUGUUGCAUCGGACACUCGUGUAUGCAUUGUCGCAUAUAAGCUGCAAGCCGUCGCGGUUCACUUGGGAAACACUCCUACGGAGGGCCAUUACCGAGCUGCCUUGCUGGACGAAGGCAACAAACUCUGGUAUGCAGACGAUGGCAAAACCGUGGACAGCUACUUGUCCCGCGGUUCAAAGUCAAAAAGCUUUAUCCAAGACCAGCUCAAGCAAAAGCAGAUUUUUAUCUUUGGCGUGCGUGGUGAAGCCAAUGUUGCAGAUUUGUUCACCAAACCUUUGAGUUGGACUGUUACCUUGAAGCACAUGUGGGGACUUGGCUUGCGUGACGUUGCCGUUGUUGCUUGUGCACUUGAUGGCUUUGUUGCGUUAUGCGGUGCAAUGCUUGUUGGUAAGAACCAUGUUAGCUUGCGUGACCGUUUUGCCGCCAUGCCGCAUGCCUCUUGGUUGGUGAUUGAGUUCUGUGCCCCCGUUGAAUCAUCGAUGAGAGCGGCUAGCCAGGGCUUGAACUGGGUGAAUGUGCUUACUGUGAGUGAGUGUGAUGAUGGUGCCAGUGCACAGACCUUGCUUGAGCUCAAAGCCAUCUUUGCUGCGCAGAUCAAGAAGAAGGGUUUUGUCUUCUUGUGGGCCAGUACUCCGUGCACCGGAGGCUGCCCAUAUCAAAGGCUGCGUGCCCGUGAUCCAGCUUAUCGCCGAGGGCGACUGAGCAUUUUCUUUCUUCACGCUCCUACGUUUUGCACGACGUUCCAGUUGAUGGUUGCGCGCUUGACAUGCGAGGACUUCGACCUCAAGAGUACACAGCACUACCCGGUAGAGCUUGUAAAGUCCUUCUUUGAAGCGUUGACGUUUAAGAUGUCUCUGGUUCCUUUCGCUGCCGAGCGUGCCAUGGUGUUUGGCCUGGUUGUGGAAGUGCAAGAGAAGCUUCUCGAAGUACCGAGUGUCGGGCUUCUCGCUGUUGUGCUUGUCCCACUGCUUGUGGGUGUUGCGCUUGGAGUGUGCUUGCAGAAGCUGCGUACCGAGAGCUCCCGCGUCAAGACUGUGCAGGACCUUCUUUCGUUUCUGCCAAGGUCAGGCCAGAAGAUGGCUGUCUUUACUUCUGCUUACGGUACCGAUGUCAAUGCUGGAAUUCCUUCUUGUCGGGACGUGGUGGAGUUCCUAGACGCACUUGCAGAGGGUGCUCGCACUGAUCGGGGUUCCGGCAGGGCAGCUGGUGCCCGAGGUGUAAUGCAUGCUCUGCGCUUCAUGGUCUUCAAACUUGCGCUUGACAGUUUCGCGCUCAUCCUUCGGGGACCUAUUGUGUGCUCCUGGCUGUCGGCGGGCAAAUGGGAGAGGCGACCGCCGAAGGAAGCAACCCCCCUCCCGCUGUUUGUCGUGUGCGAUCUAGAAUUGGCAGCGGUGCAGCAAGACAAUGAUGAUCAGUUUUUGCUGCGGGCCUUUCUGUUCAUGCUUUGGGCUGGUUUGCGGUUUUCUGAUGCCCAAAGAAUCCUCAUCUCCUCAGUGCAGCUUGACGACACGUCUGUGAGAGGGUGGAGUUGGCGUUCUAAGACCAGUGCAACAGGUUUCCCUUGGGGCUGUCUUCUUGGUGGAUCGACAGGCAGCAUGUGGGGGCGUUUGUUCGCGGCCGACCUACUGGACAUUAAAAGAAGGGAUCCAGAGCGCGAUUUCCUGCUAGGCCAUGCCGGCGGGGCAUGGUCUUAUUGCUCUACAUUGGCACAAUUCAGGCGUUGUCUGCUGCAGCACACCUCUUUGGAGCGGUCGGAGGCGGGUGUCUACACGAUGCACAGCUUGAAGGCAACGAGCUUAAGCUGGGCCAGCCAGCUCAGCAUCUCGGCGGAGGAGCGUGCUGCUCAGGGUCAUCAUCGGCUACGAAACUCAUCCGGAUGUGUGGAGAAAUAUAGGCGUGAUGACAUACUACCUGCGCUGCGAUGUCAACGCAGCAUUCUUUCUGCGAUCAGCAGGGGUUGGGUUCCCAGCACGCCUUUGUGUCGGGGCACCGUUGUCGUGAAGGAGCGUCAGCCACAGGUGAUUUGCAAGGCCCCAGACUUCGAUUCAGACACGGAAGAUGAAGCAGAAAGUGAAGACGGCGCCGCAGCUUUGGAUCAGUGUGAGGAUGUUGACAGUGUUGCAAGUGAAGAAGAGGAUGAGGUGAUGGUUGAUGGGGAAGCUGAUGGGGUUUUGGUUACCACGUUUGCGGGCCCAUGGAUUGUUAACUCGUUAACUGGAUGGUGUCAUCGGGCAGUGGAGCUAGCGUCCGGCUCACAGGGUGGCCUCGAGUGGCAGUCGGCUCGAGUUGGCAAAGCUUGCCGCCCAGACUUGACCCUUGGAGAAUUCUACGAAGUCAGGUCAACAGAUCCCUUCUUCGAAGGCUUUACGCGCUGCAAACAUGCCGGGUGGUUGCAAUUGCAUUUGGGCGCUGUUUUCCAUGCGGAGUUGAAUGAGGUGGCCAGGCAUGGUGUUGUCGAACCUGGCCACGAAGAGAUGCCGGCCACGCCUAUGACAAUCAGCAUGUGGGUGAAGCUGGAACAAAUCUUAGCAGAUACCUCCUCUGGGGAUGCUGUCAAGAUGUUGUGUGCCACAUGGAUCUUUCUCCUGGUGGGAUGUGUUCGCUUUGCGCACAUACAGCGAUCUUCUUUGACGCAUUGCUUUGAAACGGGGUUGGAGUUCUUCUGCAAUCGUGGCAAAGCUAGAGUCAGUGGUGUUCAAGCUCCGUUCCGGUGGAGCAUGCCGCGUCACGGCAUCACCGGCAUCGAUCUUUACCAAGUCUGGUCCAGCAUUGUCUUGAAAGUCUUUGGCGAUCUGACACAGUUGACAUUCUUUCUGCCUGACUUUUCCCCUUCUCGAGUAGCCCUCGACAAGGUACGGGGAUUGGACGCCACAGCCAUGCCUCUUUGGAAGUUCGUUCGCAUGUCUCGCGCAUUGUUUCACAUGCUUGGCUUUGACUGUCAACACAGAGGUCGAAGCACUGCCCUGAGCUACAUGAGCCGGCGUGUUUUGCCAACACUGGCUGAUAUGUCCAGUUUCAAGCCCCGUGAGCUGCUAGCAGUUGGAGCAUGGGUGGAUAACAAACGCCCGUCCAUGCAGGCCAUAUCCUGGCGCCUGGCCAUGCCACUCCGUUAUAGCGACAAGAAGUUGUUGGUGGCUCGGCAGCUGAAAUCGGAGCUAGUCGUUGCUGCACGGCUGGCCCUCAAUGCUUGGCGGACCCGGUAUGGAGAUGACGCACCAACUUGGGAUGACUUACUGACCCAGCCAGCUCUUCUUCUGCAGAGUCGGCCCCCAGCAUUGAAGCCUCGGUCGCAUGGCAGCUUUAGCUACUGGACGCAGUUGGUCGCCCACAUGCUUCAGAAGGUUGCCGCUCGCGUUGCAAUCCUCAUGCCCGUUGAUGCUCAGUUCCAAGCCUUUCUGCGCCAGCGCAGCGUGGCGCAGGAGAUUAUUGACUAUCUGGGCUCCGCUAGCGUUGGUUGCUACAGCAUUCGUGCUUUUGCAAACUGGGUGGAUUCCAGGCAGGACAUCGAAGCCACCAUAUUGGCCAAGAUCCCGGCCAAAAAGGACGACCGCAGUCAGCUUGCCAUGCUCAAACAAGCAUGGCGGGAAGCUGAUGCUUUGGUGGCUCGACAAAUAUCCCGGCAAUCCCAAGGCUUGGCUCCGGAGGACUUGGAUGACCCCUUGGAUCCAGAUGUUCAGAAAUCGUAUGUGGCCACAUUCAUCUCAUACCACAAAUGGGGCGAGAUUGACUCCAAGCGCAUCGGCAGCGACUCCAUGUUUGGGCGCUUCCGCCGAGAGUUUGAAGCGAAACAACCUUCCAUGUUCCCAGUGGCUCGCGUUCGUUCCCUUGCAACUGCACAGAAGGCGCCUCCUUUUAAGAAACAGCGUCUUACAGAUGGAGUCGCCCUCGACAUCUCGACGACAGGCCACGACGAUGGAGAAUCAUCCGUGGCCCAGGUUUUGCACGGGUUCCUUUCAUUGCUUGAGGUCUUGUGCUUUACGUGGGCAGUGGCUGGUUGCUUCGAUGUCGAGUACAAAGGAAGCAUGGUCAAGUAUGCUGCGUGGCCCCUUCUGUCGCAAUACUGCUUCCAACUUGCUCAGCGUGCAUGGAAGCUCUGCGGGCAAUACACCAUGGACUCGGUUCUUGAGUACAUCCGUGCUGUCGAGGAGGACUUUCGGGCCAAGGCCAUCGAGCUGGCCCGUGGCAGCGAACAGCAACCAUGGGGGCAUGCCCUUGCGCAUGUUAUUAAGGAGCACAGUUCAAUUUGGAAGGACCACGAUCAUGUUUUGCACCGAGCCGGCAGGAGCGGAGCCACACUCGUUCCCGCACCAUCGCCACCGCCACCAACUGUUGAGCCCGUCGCCUCCCGCUCCAAGUGGCAGACUGCAAACCACACAGCCUCUGGUCACAAGAUCUGCAAAAAGAACAACGAUCGCAGGGGAUGCGAGGUCAAGUGCCCAAAGGGCGAGGUACACUGCUGCGACAUUGUCCUUGCUUCAUCGGGCAAAGUGUGCGAGGGGCGUGCAGAUCAUGAUAAAGCCAGUUGGGUAUUGGUGGAGUUCUGCCACGGCUUGGCGCCCUUCCUCAUCGCAUCAGAGGAGCUUCACUGGAAACCUCCAUCCGCCUAUGUACUGGAUGUCGGUGAAGACGCGAAAUCCAUCAUCGCGGCGCAUCACCCUUCCGCAAAAGAUUGGGGGCCCAGUAGCUCGAUCACUAAAACUAUGGUGGACGAUUUGGCCCAAAAGCAUGCAGGGGACGCCUUUGUUUUGGUUUGCAGUGCUGUCUGGAGUGGUCCCACAAGGCGGCUGGAACAAAUGCAGACGUUUUGCAGGGUGCUGCAGUGGUUUUCGGCUGCGACGCAUAGACCUGUCAUCGCCAUUACAGCGUGUGAGGCUGCCGAUGAUGAGGGUGUCGCGCUGUACAGGGAGCAGUUUCAAUCCUCAGCGCAGGUAUUCCCUCCCGACGCAUGCGUCGGCCACUUGGCAAAACUGUGCUGGUGGACAUUGCCUCCUACAGCCAACCGCAUACCACUGCUUGCGUCAACUCCGUCCGAGCAGACGGCCCUCCUGCCUGGUUGGGAAGCGGAAAACUUCCUGCACAAGCAUUGCUUGUUGUUUGAUCAUCCACUGCGAUUCGUGCGCAGCCCGGCCACUUUGUUUCGCAGGUUGUUGGUCCCGUUGGAAAUGGAGAAGCUUCUCGGGCUACCAGGCCAUUAUACAGCGCCUUUGCUUAUCAGCUACCAGGAUCGUCCACUUGAGCAUUGUGCAGUUGCUCGUAGUGCCCUCUUGUAUCCCAUGCUGCCGAUACCAUUGGCAAAAGCGCUUCUGUCUCGUGUGGAACCGUUCACGUUUGCGCAAGCCUGGUGUCCGAUCACAAGCAGCCUGCCAGUCCAAGUUGACGGACUUAUCAACAAGCAUUUCCAGGAACAUGGUGCAGUGUACUGGGCGCUGCGCCGCCAGUGCCCUUACAUCCAAGAUGUCUCCAGUCGAGGCUUACGCACUGACAUCCCCAUGGGCCCGGACAUCAUCGAACAAAAUGCUCACAGUUCGGCAUCCUUGGCUUUGUUGUUGCAAUCGCGCGCCCAGACGGCAGCAUCCGGACAGCGUGCUCUCUUGCCGCUGGGAUUGGACCCUGGGCUACACUUUGAAUGUGGGCAGGUUAUGGAGUCUCCACUUAGCAUGGAGCCACCCGUCCCAGAUGAUCUCGAUUUUGCUUUGCGCAUGUGUUUGCAACUUGGGCGGGGUGCCCGAGCUUGGCGGCGUCGCCAGCUUAACAUUCUCAAAGCAGCGGUCGAGAGUGCACACGGCCUGGCAGACAUGCUGGACCUCGGUCGAUCCAGCACAUCCGUUAGAGUGGCCUCGCACGUACAUUUGGACAGGUUGGAUUUGGCCAGAUUUUCAUUGUGUUGGCCGGAUGUUGAGCUGCUGGAGUUGGCGCAGCGCGGAGCUCAUAUCGUGGGCAACAUCCCUGAAUCUCGCAUCUACCGACCAGCGUGCGUGGAGCCAACAGUGCCUUUGCAAGAGUUCGAACAGUCCCACGCUGCAUUUGUGCAAUCGGUGUUGGCUUCGAAACCGCCGCCGCCAGAUCAGGUGCAGGUCAUAUGGGAAAAGUCUGAGGCGGAGCGCCAGUCUGGUACUUUGCGUGGCUAUUGGACGGCGUCUGAGAUGGAUUCCAGACAUGGUGCAGGCCGUUGGCGCCCCAUGCCACGCUUCGCUGUGUGGCAACAAUCUCAUUCAAAAUGGCGCCUCAUUGAUGAUGCCAAAGCAUCCAGCACUAACCGCACUAUGCAGGCGACCGAGCGCAUUCACACAACAUCUGCAUCAGCAACGUUUGCCGCCGUCCGGAGGCUGCGCUCCUUGCACGGGCAACCGUUGGCAGGUGACUUUGAAGUGCGUGUUAGUACCCAUGAUUUGGAAAAGGCGUACCGACAAAUUCCUGUCAUCCCAGAACAUCUUCGCUUCUCCAUUGUUGCCAUCUACCACCCUGAACGUCGACAAUGGGUUUUCGCGGAGUGUGAUGGUUUGGCCUUUGGUCUUUCAGCAGCCGUCCUGGGCUUCAACAGGGUGCCAUCUUUCAUCGUUGCUCUCGCACGCCGUUGGCUGGCUAUACCACUCUUCAGCUUCUUUGACGACUUUAAAGUGGUGGAUGUGGCGUGUAGCAAUGGGUCUGCCACCAGGUCUUUCUUGCAACUUUUGGACUGGUUGGGAUAUAGGCGAGACCCAAGUAAGGACCAAAUGCCGUCAGCUGAUGCAAUUUUUCUCGGUGCACGCGAGGUCUACUCUCAUCUGGGUGCGUCGGACUCAAUUUGGCAUCUACCCAAACCUGGCCGAGAGGAACAAAUUCGGAAACAAAUUCUUCAGAUUCAAUGUCAAGGCCGUCUCUCUGCAUCUUCGGCUAUGUCCUUGCGUGGCAAGCUUCUUCAUUUAUCCGAAACAUAUCAAGGCCGCUCGGGCAGAGUCCCGACUCCGCACCUGGACGAGAGGGCAGCAUCGGACCACAUGGUUGCGAUGUCGUCCGGCAUUCGCAUGGAACUGGAAUUAUUCUUGGAAAUGCUGGAAACAUGUCCCUACCGACAAGUGCCCAUGGACCCAUCGGUCUUGCCGCAAGUAUCUCUGUUCACAGAUGCUUCUUUUCAUGUUGAUGCUCAGGGUGUGCCUCGAGCACGUAUUUGUUUCAUUGUGGCCUGUGCGCACAGGCAUAUACGAAGGGGUGCUGUCAUUGACGUGCCUCCGGAGGUUCUGGCCCGCUUCCAGCCUUCAGAAACACUCAUUGCACAGGCUGAGGCCUUGGCCCCGAUGCUGGCACUAUAUUUCGAACCUGACCUACUACAGCACUGCCUACUCACGGUUUUCAUUGACAAUAUGGGUGUUCUCUGCAACUUCGUUCUGGGCUCAUCUAGCUCCCUGGACCUUGGAUGCAUCGUUCACGCGACUGUUUUGAGACUCAUGCGGAGAGGCGUCCGAGCAUGGUGGGAACACGUUCCCAGCAAAUCCAACAUCGCAGACGGUGGUUCUCGCGUGGGUGUCUGCUGCCCCAUAGCAGCUAAGGCAGGCAUUACACUAGUUUCGAAAGUUUUCCCACGCACGUGGCCCCAGAACCACGUGGAGCUCAGUAUGAAGGAGUGGGAGCGCUUUUGGACAUCCCACUGA